CCUUUGAUCUACUGUAGCCAACAUGGCGGAAGCUCACGCUGCUGUGGCCUUCCAGUUCACCAUCACACCUGAAGGUGUAGACUUCAGGAUCAGUAAUGAGGCACUGAGGGCCAUCUACUACUCUGGUGUACGCUCCUGGAAGAAGCGGUUCGCUCGCUUUAAGAACAAUUUCCUGACAGGGCUGUACCCGGCCAGUCCCACCAGUUGGUUUGUGGUGUUGAUCUCUGUUCUGGCUUCUGUCUUCAUGCGAGUCGACCCUUCUAUGGGAGUGAUUCAGGUUAUCCAAGACCGCCUAGGAUUAAGCAACUACUUUGCAGCGCCGGCAGACUUGUACAUCAGUGUAGUGAUCUUCUCCACCGUACUGUGGAUCGGGAUGGUGUACAUGCUGCGCUACAUGCUCAAACUGCUGCUGUGUUACCACGGCUGGAUGUACGAACCACACGGGAAGUUCUCUCUCGUCUCCAAGAUCUGGCUGGGUUUAGUGAAGGUCUUUUCCGGCAGGAAGCCUCUACUGUACAGUUACCAAGCCUCGCUGCCUCGGCUGCCAUUGCCCACCGUCCAGGGCACCAUCAGUCGUUACCUGAAGUCCGUGCGGCCGCUGAUGACCGAUGACCAGUACAAGGAGAUGGAACAGUUAGCACUGGACUUCCAGGAGACCCUGGGCCCUCGGCUGCAGAGAUACCUGCUGCUCAAGUCCUGGUGGGCAACCAAUUAUGUGAGUGACUGGUGGGAGGAGUAUGUGUACCUGCGCGGGCGCUCCCCCAUCAUGGUCAACAGUAACUACUACGCCAUGGACGCCAUCUUUGUCCACCCGACACAGAACCAGGCCGCCCGCUGCGCUAAUGUCAUCUACUCCAUGCUGCUGUUCCGCCGGCAGCUGGCUCGAGAGGAAGUCAGGCCGAUCCUGGUGUCCAAUGCAGUGCCUCUGUGCUCCUGGCAGUAUGAACGGAUGUUCAACACCACACGUAUCCCUGGAGUGGAGACAGACAGCCUACGUCACUGGGAUGACAGUAAACACGUGGUGGUCUAUAGUAGAGGACGUUACUACAAGUUGCCUGUCUACUUUCUCGGCCAGCUCAUUCGUCCCUGUGAGAUCCAAGCGCAAAUUGAGAAGAUUUUGCUUGACAAGUCGGAGCCUGCUUUUGGGGAGGAACAUCUCGCUGCGAUGACGGCUGGGGAACGCAUUCCGUGGGCCAAGGCUCGCCAAAAGUUCUUCAGCAAGGGUGUCAACAAGACCUCACUCGAUACCAUCGAGCAAUCCGCAUUCUUUGUCACACUAGAUGAAGAGGAGCAUGACUAUGACAAGUUCUUUCAGGAUUUGCUUGAACCAGCUGGAAAAAGAAAUGUCGAGAUAGUGGAUGGUCAAAAUGACAUGGUGUCGAGCUAUGCAGAGUCACUGCUACACGGGAAGGCCUACGAUCGCUGGUUUGACAAGUCCUUUACUCUGGUGGUUUACAAGAACGGACGUAUCGGGGUGAACUGUGAACACUCCUGGGCAGAUGCACCCAUCGUUGGACAUCUCUGGGAACACACCAUGUACUAUGAUGGAAAAGGCAUUGGGUACGGAGAAGACAAAAACACCAUCGGACAAGCGUCCCUCCCCCUGCCUCCCCCUCUGCGGCUGAAGUGGGACAUCUCGGAGGAGUGUAAUGAGGUGAUUGAGUCCCAGCUGGUGACUGCAGCGGCUCUGUCGGAGGACGUGGACAUGCAGCUCAUGGCCUUCAAACACUACGGCAAGGACGUGUGCAAGAAGUGCCGCAUCAGCCCAGACGCAUGGAUACAGAUGGCUCUGCAGACAGCUUACUUCAGGGACCAGAACAAGUUUGCGCUGACAUACGAAGCAUCAAUGACUCGUCUGUUCCGUGAGGGUCGUACCGAGACCGUGCGCUCCUGCACCAUGGACUCCUGCAACUUUGUACGCUCCAUGGAUGACCCUACCAAGACUAAUGAGGACCGUAUCAAGCUGCUGCACCAGGCAGCCAUCACCCACCAGAACUCCUACCGGAACUGUAUGACUGGGACAGGUAUCGACCGUCACCUCUUUACACUCUAUGUGGUGUCCAAGUAUCUCAAGGAGGACUCCAAGUUCCUUGGCAAGGUGCUGAGUGAACCCUGGCGACUGUCGACCAGUCAGACUCCUCACCAGCAGACCAACCUGCUGGACCUCAGGAAACAUCCCGAGUACAUCUCAGGGGGAGGAGGCUUCGGACCGGUUGCUGAUGAUGGGUACGGUGUGUCCUACAUCAUUGCUGGGGAGAACGCCAUCAUGUUUCACAUCUCCUCCAAGCAUUCCUGCAACCACACUAGUUCCAAGAGAUUCAUGAAGAACAUUGAGAAAGCUCUGCUGGACAUGAGAGCCUUGUUCAACAUGACAGACAAGAAAUGAUUUCAGCAACCCAAGCCAUACACUGAACAGGCUCUCUACUUAACAAUGCAAGAGGUCCAAUGUUUAAGAAAUAAUGUAAUUGUUUGAUUAAUAUCUAACACUAUAAGGGUGGUGUUUUAGGAAGCUUUCUUGUUGUGGCGAGAUUUUGCGGUUUAAAUUUUUGCCAUAGUUUGAUACUAAAAAGCAAAGUGAGGUGAACUUUAAAAACUGUUUUGUUGAAAAUAGGAAUAUUUAAGGUGUUUGGGUUGGUACUUUUUGGUGUAACAUAGUUAAGGUAGUGACUUUUGCACCUCAGUCGGCAAGAAAAAACUGUCAUCACAAUUUUAUCCAAAAUACCACAACAGUUGAUUUGAGAACAUCAUGAUAUCUAUUAUCAAUAAUAUCUUUAUGCUGUUAUUGAGUGUUGUUAAAGUCCCUUGUAUAAUGUAAUUGGGACUAGCUUCAGGAAUUUAGAUUAUCAAUAUGGGUGACAAUGUACAUAUUCAAAAUGAUUCAACAAUUUGUGCUAUUUGCUAGAAUUAUUUUCAAGAGUGCCAAUCACAAGAAGUUUUGCAUAACACAUACACCUUCUUUGUGGUUUUAAAGUAAUUCAACUGCCAUUUUGAAAGGCAAGAUAGAUAUGGAAGUAUUCAGCUUUUGAUAUUUUGUUGCUGAUGGAAAACUUUUAGAAAUGUUGAAAAAAAAUUAAGCAAAUUGUUCAUUGUAUGUCAUUCCGUUUUUUUCUGCAGUGUAUGCAUGUUACCUGUUUCAUAUGCAGGCAAGCAUUUUGAGUUACAUUUUCACUGUGUGUAUACAUGU